GAGUAUAAUGACCGAAGCCUGGACAAUAUAAAGGAGUAUAAUGACCGAAGCCUAGACAAUAUAAAGGAGUAUAAUGACCGAUGCCUGUACAAUAUAAAGGAGUAUAAUGACCGAAGCCUGGACAAUAUAAAGGAGAAUAAUGACCGAAGCCAGUACAAUAUAAAGGAGUAUAAUGACCGAAGCCUAGACAAUAUAAAGGAGUAUAAUGACCGAUGCCUGUACAAUAUAAAGGAGUAUAAUGACCGAAGCCUGUACAAUAUAAAGGAGUAUAAUGACCGAAGCCUGGACAAUAUAAAGGAGAAUAAUGACCGAAGCCAGUACAAUAUAAAGGAGAAUAAUGACCGAAGCCAGUACAAUAUAAAGGAGUAUAAUGACCGAUGCCUGUACAAUAUAAAGGAGUAUAAUGACCGAAGCCAGUACAAUAUAAAGGAGUAUAAUGACCGAUGCCUGUACAAUAUAAAGGAGUAUAAUGACCGAAGCCAGUACAAUAUAAAGGAGUAUAAUGACCGAUGCCUGUACAAUAUAAAGGAGAAUAAUGACCGAAGCCUGUACAAUAUAAAGGAGAAUAAUGACCGAAGCCAGUACAAUAUAAAGGAGUAUAAUGACCGAAGCCUGUACAAUAUAAAGGUGUAUAAUGACCGAUGCCUGUACAAUAUAAAGGAGUAUAAUGACCGAAGCCUGUACAAUAUAAAGGAGAAUAAUGACCGAAGCCUGUACAAUAUAAAGGAGUAUAAUGACCGAAGCCAGUACAAUAUAAAGGAGUAUAAUGACCGAAGCCUGGACAAUAUAAAGGAGUAUAAUGACCAAAGCCUGGACAAUAUAAAGGAGUAUAAUGACCGAAGCCUGGACAAUAUAAAGGAGAAUAAUGACCGAAGCCAGUACAAUAUAAAGGAGUAUAAUGACCGAAGCCUGGACAAUAUAAAGGAGAAUAAUGACCGAAGCCUGUGCCAUAUUCAAGAUGUAUAA